GAAUGGGCGGGGCGCUGUCCUAUAUAAGCCGUGCAAGCCUGGAAAGUUUGUUAUUGAAAGCGUGCGAUCAUAUCGGCCGAGUAACACUGCUACUACCCCAGUGACAUUUCCCGCGUUCCACAACUACACGCAGAUCAAACAUGACUUUGAACACAAUUUUUGCUCUGGCAAUUUACGGGCUCACAGCGGUCUGUAUGUUGCCUGCAUCUUCCGCUCAGGAUCUCUCGCAAUACGACAGUGCUGCAGCAGUGUCCGAUAGUCAAGGAGGUUGGGAUGCUCUCGGCGGACUAUAUGCGUUGCUCGCUCAACACGAUGCCUUAGGCGGCCACGCACUUGCGCGCAAAUCUGUGCGCUCGCCUUCCCGCCGCCUGCGCUUCGGACGCCGCUCAGACCCUGACAUGGCCCCUCAAGCGCCCCUUGAUGAAAUGGACGAACUUCUGUCCCUGCGCGACGUCCGUACGCCUGUACGUCUCCGCUUCGGACGCCGAUCCGACGAGCGUGCCGUGCCUCACAUCUUCCCUCAGGAGGAGCAAGACCGGGCCGUGCGAGCUCCCUCGAUGCGUCUCCGCUUCGGACGUCGCUCCGAUAAUAAUAUGUUCUUGUUGCCUUACGAGUCGGCACUACCUAAAGAGGUGAAGGCGGGCAGCUCAGAAGACGAUAGACAACAGAACUAAACUUCGAACACUAACGCAUGCACUAGGUAAAUUAAUAUUUCUCCGCUCCAUAUAACUAAUAUUCAGCAAGUCUAAAUUUAAUGAUGGCUGCUUACUAUCUUUUAAGUGUCAAAUUUUAAAUAUCAACAUUAGAUGUUAUUUAAUUUAAACGAUUAUAAGCUAUGUGUACAUAAUCAGAUACUAUUAUACUGUAUAAUGUUAAAUGUUAUUCUAAAACUAAAUUUAACUCUCUACUUCUGAAAUAUUAUAUAGUUUUAUAAUUUAAUUCUGUGUUUUUAAUUUCGUAUAAAUAUGGUUUUAUAGCGAAUAAUUAUACAUUUUAAGAGCUGGGUAAAUGUAAAAUUAUUUCGCUAUUUGUAUUCAGACUUCUAGAAUGUAGUUGUCAUUUUAAAAAACUUAUAGAAUACUAAAUAAAUGUUUAUUUUUAUGUUCAUAUUAUAGUGCAAUUACUAAGUUGAAAUAUAAAAGCUAACGACUA